AGUUUUCACCAGGCUUGUUAAAUAUUCGACACAACUUCAAAAUACCACUUAGGAUGUCGCUUAACACUGCGUAUGCAAGUACAAUUCCUGCAGUUUUCAAGAUUGUGGAGAUAAUUAUUGAUAUUUUGCUUAUUAUUUUGGUUGCUUUAUCUCCUAAUUACAUUGUUCCUGGACCUGGAGGAUGGUUGUUGUUCGUGCCAAUCAUAACAGCACUCAUUUCCAUGUUCUUCUACAUUAUUCACCUUACAAAUGCAAUAUACAAAUUCACCGGACCAAUGACACUUGUGGAAUUUAUCUGCAUUACAAUCUGUUCAAUAUUCCAUCUAAUCGCAAUGAUUGUCGCUGCGGCUACAGUAUCUGGUGUUUCAACUGCUAUAGCGGCUGCUGUAAGUCCCCUUAAAUCAAUAUUUUAGAGUCAUUCAAUUACUCGUAUUCCUGUGUAUCACCUUUUUCCCUUGUAAUAUAACCUUUGCCUAACGGAUGGAAUUCAUUAUAGCAGUUUUAGAGACAUAAUAUUGUUCAGAUUCGAAAGCAAAUGUUUAAAGAGAUAUUCUACAAUAAGUGUUAUUACUAUAUGAAAUAAAAGACAAUAUGAACAAUGAACAUUUUUCAGUAAGUUCUUUCACGGCUGUCAAACUAUAGAAUGCAACUGUUCAUCGUACAGAACGCCGCGUUCUGCGAAUGUAUUUUCCAAUAUGGGGAACGUUAGUUGAGGAGUCUUAAGUGGGUAAAUUUUAUUAUAUUUUCAAACUUACAAUGACUUUUAUAUGCCUAAGGGAUGUGACGGUUGGAGGUCGCUGGUUCGACUCUUGUUGUGGCCUAGGUUUUCAUUUCACUUACAAUCAUCACUCAGUUUUAUUUAACGGUGACCAGAUCAGUGUAGAAUCUUUCACAUAAGUGCACCAAUUUAAUUUGCCGCGCUUCAAAAAAGUACUCCAAAAAGAAGUGGAUAGAAAAAAAGACUGAUAUCAAAGUAGACAAAGUUGUGUAGGAGGAGAAAGAAUUUAAAAAUAAAGGUUAUUCAAAAUAUUCAAGCAUUAGAAAACGUCAAAGAGUGAAUACAUCUAUGCCACUGCGACCGAUUUUCAGCCAUGUUACCCACAGUCCUCAACCACUGAUUCCUACCGUCUCAGAUACGCCAAUCAGGUAGUCUACACCUCCCUCUUUACACAGCUCAGACCAACAGUCAUGCAUUUCUCGCACUGAAACCACAUCUUAAUGCGGCCAUCCUGAACCUACAUGGCUAGAAAUGCAAAGCACAUGUCCAAGUAACCUCAGUCGAUGCACGUUCACAACUUCAUGUUUCGACUUUCUUUUCUUGCGUAUUACCCUUCAUCUAACCCCAUCAUUCCCAAACAGUGAUUCCACCAAACGCGAACAAUGUUACGAAGACAUCUGUGACCAAAAGUCUGUACAUGCUUUAUAUCUUAUAAUGGCUAUGCUUUUCAGCUGUAUAAAAGGAUAAAAACGAACUGCAGCGCAGUAUUCUUGUCCUCUGACAAGUAGUUGGAUUUCUCGCCAUUCAGCUCCAGAGAUGACACAAGUUGGUAAGUGCCAAGUGCGCUUUUUGUAUCCGAGCUAAGAUAUCGACACUUUCACUCUUGUAAUAAUGAUCAUUUUGCGUUAAGCAUAAGACAAUAUCUUACUGUCCAGUUGACUCCAUACGUCUAUCAAUCAACUGGUCGCUGUUGCAAUCACUCAAUACCUUAGCUACUGUGUCCCUUGUUGUUUAUGUGUGCUUUGUUUUGUUCUGUAUAUCUAAGUGAAAAAUGAUAUUUUAUAGCAAGUUUCUGAAAUGUUGUGCAUUCCUUUCAAUUUUAAGCAUUCUAUGUCAACCUUCAGGGUAUUUUUGGAAUUUCUGAGUAGAGGUAAACCAUCGUAUAUUUUAACAAUUACUCUGAACUGUGUAUCAGAUGUGAAGUAAGGGUCAAAUCUUAUUCAUUGCGGAAUCUAACGUGCCUACUGAUUGCCUUAUUCGAUAUUUGUGGACAUAAAUCUCUUCCUGUAAGACUGGUGGGUCACUGGUUCUCGCCUACUCUAGCUACCAAGCUUUAAGUAGCCAGAUAGCAUUAGUGAUCCUCGAAGAAUAGGUGUGACUAACUGCCUGGUAAGCAAUCUGCAUAUGGUCAUUCAGUGCAAUAGAAUAUGUAUACAUUCUUCUCCUAGGUGACAAACUGAAAGUCUAGUGUAGUCGUUGAAGAAAUUUCCGCUGCAACGAGUUUGGUGGUAAUGAUUAUUCUUGAUAGUCAUUUUAUUCAUUACUUGAAGCUUUUCCUAGAUUCGAUAGCGACUCAAGCUUUGUUUCAACUCGAUUCAUAACUGCUCUAUACAAGAUCAUCCAAUUUCAGUUUGGUAUUAAUCGUGAACUGACAUCAGUUAGGGGAUAAUUGAAAACCUGUGAGCACUGGACAGCUGUUUCGUCGUAGUAUAGCACCCGUUAGCAGUGCGUAUCCAUGACCUGCUAGGGGUUGAACCUAAGGCCUUCAUGUUUAGCGGCUAGCACGUCACCAUUCAGCCACUGGGUGGGAAUCCAAGGGUCCUGAUCUUCAUACUUCUGUCAGUUUAUGAGUUACCGUGGUCUUCGUGCUAUCCCAUUGUUGUAUAUUUGUCCUCACGUCCAACUUGGGUGGAUUCGAUCGUUCAUGACUUCUGUUUAUAACUUCGGGAAAUCUUAGCUCAAUGUAAGUCACUAAUGAGCACUGUACAGUACUUGGAAAAAGCAGCUGUCCAGUCCUUGCAGUUUUUCAGUGGUUCUCCAACUGGCUUCAGUGUGUGAUGAAAACCAACUACAAACCAAUGAAUCCCUACAAACCUCUAAAUUGAAUAAACAAUUUAUUCAUCAAAUCUAUCAUUGAGCUAAUCUGUUGGUUGACAUAUCAUCAGUUGAAAAAGAGAAAAUUAUAGUUUACCAUGACCCUAAUCUUGAUGUUGAUGAAAUAUUGCAAACUAAAGCAUCCUAUUCGCAUUUUUGUAACAUUAAAACUCAAGUAAGUAAGCUUAUGUACACCUGAAAAGUGAAAGAAGAAAUGUCAGAAAAGAACAAUGACCACUUAUUUUCGUCUUUCUACUUCUCCCUGACUGUGUACAACUUGUAGCAUCUAAAUAUUUACAGUUUUAAUCCAUUGAAUAGAAGUCAGUCAAUGAAUAAAGUGAAAAAGAGCGGUAGCAUAAUGAAAUGGUUAUGCAAAUCUGAAUAAAUAUAAUAGCACUAAUGUGUUGGGUAGACAAAUAAAGGUUCUGAUGAAAAAACGAUAGGAAUAUUACUUUAAAUCAGACAUUUGCGAACCAUAUUGUGGGAUAUAGAUAUCUAUGAAAGAGCUUUUCACUUAGUGUACUGUACUGUUUUUUUGUUCUACUAUCGUUGAUAUCAUAACAAAUUUCAUAAUCAGAUUAAUAAAUAUAACCUAAUAUUUGUCUUUCUAAGUGUGAGGUUGGGUAUGGGAAGGAUAGUGCUCAGUUGUUACAAUGCCUUCAACUAAGUUCAUAUGAUUAGCAAAGCACAUCUAUGCUGAUAAUUUUUGGUUUUAUUCUAUGUUAGUUAGGUUUUUAAUAUGUAUCUGGGGACUACUUUAAAUACUACCUGCUUACAUAACUGGUUACAUCUCGGGUAAUAUAAGCGAAUUAUACAACUGCUCCUUUGAAAUUUUGCAUUGAUGAUAUCAUCAACAAUGGUAAUCAAUGUUUCACAAAUGAGUUGAUCAGGUCAUUGGAAUCGUACUUUUAUUCAUCAAUAAAUUCUAAAAAAAUACAACAUACUGACAUAUAGGUCUUAAAUAUGAAAAUCCUUUAAUACUGAUCACUAUUUAGCGACUAAAAUAACUAAUGUUUACAUGAAAAAAAAGGCAAUUCAGCGAAAGGAAAUCUCUUUUUUGAUUACACCAUUUUCUACAAUUGUACAGUCGUAUGCAUAUUGAAUUGUUGAAUAACAGGAGUGACUCUAAAAGCUGCUCAAACAGCUGCUGAAAUAGCCAGUAGUAUAAGUUGUUUCAUAGGAAAUAAAGAGUCAAUCAAUAAUGGGUUAAAAUUUCAUCAUUAUAACAGUGCUUAGAACCGGAAUAAUAAGUGAUACCCGGAGGCUGAAAACAGGGCUGUUACAUAACCUAUAAGAUGAUCCAAGUAAUACGAAUAAUAAGGAAUUUGACAAAGGAAGAAUUACAGGUAGAUGUGAAAUAAGAUAGUUGAGUGUCCAAUUGAUCUAUAUAAACAAAACAAAGAAAAAAAAGUGUCCUGAUGAAGAUCAUAAUAGUGAAGUAUGUAAUUAUAAUAGAGUUGGAAAAAUACGAAAAAGCUAUUGAAAAAAGAUUACUCAAAAAGAUGGUACCGAACAGAUUGAGCAGCAGCUUCCACGGAUAUUGAAGGAAAUAAAGAAUGAUAUAAUUGCCAGCUCCAAACUAUCUAUUUAACUACAAUCAUCUAAUUAUGUAACUUCAAAAAAAUAUGGUCUACUAAGAAAAUAUAUAAACAAAAUUUGCCAUUACGAUGAAAUUCGAAUAUUUUGAUAUUAAUAAUAAAGCUGUAUAUGCUGUUGAAGAAGGUGUGGCUUACACAGGGAAACCUUCAUAAAUAUCUUUUUUUUUGACUUUCUAAAGACACUGAGAUUAUAUUAAAAUAUACUGUUAUUAUGAACAAUUGAAUUUUUUAUGCUUUCACUGAACAGCUGGUGGAUAUCCUUCAACCAAUCAGAAAAAAACCUAAAUACUUAUAGCUUGAAUUCUUUUCAUAUAGCCUGGCUGAUUCAAUAAAUGACAUUUAUUCUUUGGGUAAAUGAAAGAUUUCUCUAGAUGUGGUUUCAAUCUAUAUCAAUAGGCCGUACACAGAAAACAUUUAAUUUAUAUAUUUUUACCGUAGAAGGAUUAUUUUGAAGAGAUGCAUUUUGAAUUUGCUAUCUUAAUUUUAUGUCGAGUUGUGCUGACAAAAUUAUGGGCUAGGGACACAGUCAUAGUUAUGAUAGAUUAAGCAGACGAGAAUAAGGAUCUCAGACAGUUAUUAUCAGUCGUAUUAUUCUACUUAUUUUAAGAAACUGGAAGAUGAAAAGUCAAACGUUAAAUACUUUAGCGAUUAUCUAAGCAAUGCAACAUUGUGACAUUGCUUCGCAACGGUUCAUGUUACUACACCUUACAUCAAGAUAUCAGGC